GAGACGCACAACUUGAACUCUCACCCAAGUCAAAUCAACCACAUGUGCCGAUGUUUCGGGUUGAUGCGCUCAUCGCAGAAAUGGGCCUGCUACUGUACUUACCUUCAAACGAACCAGUCGCUUCAAUCUGGGGGGGUUGGAGAGCAAUGAAAGACGACUCGCAGAAUACAGAAAACAAAAUCAUUACUGUUGAAUAUGCCAUUCACGAUAGGUAUCUUGGUCCUUGUGCUUCAUCUCAAACGUUUCCUCCGGCAAGAUUUCGAGCUUCAUGCCCGUCGAACCGCAUCAAGUCGUCAUCCAGCCGAGCACUUUUGACAACCGAGAACAUAACAUCUUCGUCCGAACGGCCGGCAGCUGAAUAAUUCCCCCGCGCCGCAUCCUGCACACUGUCGCAGAUCCAAGCUUUCAGUCUUUAUACAGUCUUUAUACAAGUACAAUUUCCCAGCUAGAGAGAGAUCUCAAAUGAGCGUGGCGCACAGAGAUACAUCAGCUUUGCAUCAAUCCAAACUUGGACCGAUCAAUAUGCCGCAGGAUGUGGUUUUUGGUAUACAUGUCUGUGCCUUACGCCUUACCUCUCCAAAUCCCACGCUUGCGACUUAUUACGGGUUGAGAGCGACAGCAUCAAUAUCCUGGUUUUCCGACACAUUCAGGGCAGUAUUUGCCCAACGUCGGCAUAUAAUAUGCCUGUUGGAUAUCCGAUAUCGUGACCAAACUUUUGGACUUCCGGAAAAGGUCGUACAUAACUACCGGACAUUCGGCGGUGUUGCAUAAGCGGCUUCAAUGAUAAAAGAACAAACCUGCCCUGAAAUAAUCGGGAUGGGACUGACAAGGUCCUCCAUUUUCUCUUUCCCUUAUGCACUUCAUCAAUCACAUCCAAACCGGCAAAUAAAGAAAGACCCUUCCUCGUUACAGCACGGUAGUUCAGUCCAAACGCCGGACUAAAGAACACGACAAUUCCAAGUCAUGGAACAAUACUUGGCAAGUUAAUUCCACGGUCGAAAAACAACAACCUCAAGAAACAUCGAUAUUGCUCAGUCCUCAAGUCAUAAGAGAACUGUCCACCCCGUGUACAGCGCAUUACUCCCCAUCUACUCAACUCUAUCCUAUGCUCCGAAUGUUGCCAAGAAGAAAUUGUUAGCAGAUUUUGACCCCGAAGUGUCUAACGAGAACGACCAGUCCCAAUCGUAACCAGAACACACGACCAAGAUGCCGACCGAAGAUGGCAAGGCUCCGGUCUUGUCUUACGCAGCUGCCCUAAAGACGGGCCUGGCGGUACCUGAGAUAUCCAACCAGAACAACCAACCAAAAUCACCGGUUGAAUGUCCGUCAACAGCGCCGUCUAAGAGCGACGCAGACAUCAGUCACGCCACCCAAGGGGCCACGGAAUCUCUAUCAUCAGAGCCCUCUAAGAGCGGCAACUCGACAGAUUCUUCAGACCAGCCCCUUACCACAUCCCGGAGUACUCAAACCCGCAGAUCCCUUCCAAACAACCCAACACAGCCUUCCCAGUCCUCCCAGGAUUGCCCGCCAAGACCGAAACCGAGAUCCUCCGCCCUGUUCCUCCGCAGCAUGGUAGCCAACUGUGGCUGCUUGUACAUCGUCAAGACGGGCAUCAGUGGAUCCCGCUUCUAUCGCGACCUUGUCGAGUCGGGCUUUCCUGUGAGAGGUCGCUGUUCGCUGUGCAACGUCCUGGUCACCGAGAUCAGGUUCAACGAGAAUGGGGAGGCGGAUGUCACGGAGAUUAUUGAAUGGGCUGAGGAAGAGCAAGAUGGAUAUUCCGAGGACCUAGCGGAGAUCUAUGACGAUGAGGAUGCAGACGAUCAUGACUCUAGCGAAGGAUCUCAAUCACAGGGCGAGUCUGGCGAGGAUGUGGAGGGCGGCUCAUCUGGAGGAAUAUGGGCCGAUUAUUGUGAGGACGCAGUGGACGAGGCCGGUGACACGGGCGACGAGGGUAGCGAAGAAGAGAAAUAGUUGGGGUUUGUUUACGGUGAGGAAGAUGAUGAGUUUGUCGGCAUUGAUGGAGAAAACUCUCUAGCUCUCCGAGGAGGCACCAGCGAAUGACCAACCCGGCAUCACCUCGACUUCAACCGAGCAUAAAUACCUAGGCACCUCCAGCCACCGCGUCCCCCUCUACCCUUCUUGGGCUAACAAGCGAGAAUUUUCACGAUAGUACGGUAUUUUUUUUUUCCAAAUCAGGUAUUAUCUGAAAUUAUCCCACCUCUCUUUGGGAGCUGGAGCGAAGGUCGUGAAUAAAAUAGCCAUUCAAUCAGUAUCAUUGUAUAACCUUGCAGACUCAUUACCUGUGAGGCACCACAGGCAGAAACAGAUCAUGUAGGUAUACACAUCCACGCCUCGUUUGACUUCUCCAAUCGGAACUGCAGACAAGCUUGCUGCAUGGCAAGAGUGUAGUGGUCGCUUGCAAGUGGAAGCAUCAUCAUUAAAAAGGAAACGCAGGUGGCGAAGUGAGCAGGGGGGUUACAACCGCCUCGCUUCUCGUACGCACUGGAUGGAAGCCCGGAUACCAUCGACGAGUACGUUGGCGAGCUAUGGGAUAUGGCUUGCCGUCACUCCGAUUCAACCUUCAGUUCGUUGUGGUUUUUCACAACGGUAUGGUUCAUG